GUUACAACGACAUAUAUUUUGUGAAUUUGGAGAGGAUAGAAAAUUAACUUGAAAACUGAAAAGUUCCAAUGGAAACGUGCGCGGCCAUGCAAUACAAACUUAACCCAGUGCCAUUCCUCCUAAUCCCAAAUUGCCUGUUGGGAUUCAUCCGGCACUUUCACAGAGCAAAUCCACAAAAAGGCGGCAGAGCGGGGCGCAAUUCUUGCAAAGGGGCAGUCAGGGUUUGAGGCAGGGGCCAAAAAGGCCUGACCUUUUCCGAAGAUUUUACACAUGGGGGUCUCCAAGACGAUGAACUUCUCAGAGCUCUAUAGGCGGAUCAAGAGAGCGUUGGCUCCUCUCAUGGAUCCCCCAAACAAAAAAUUGGGCAGGGACGGGGAUUUAGGGUUUCCGGGGAGGAUUGAAUUGAAGGAUGAAAUGCAGUCUGGUUUGACAAGUUCCAGAUUGGGCACAUCUGCUCAAACAACAUGUGCUGCUGGUGGUGGUGGUCUGGAGUCUUCUUUAAGUCCAUCAGCUCUGCCAAACCCAAAUGUCUCUAGUUGGAGGCCUACUGCUAACUUAUGGCGUCCUACAUUUAGAGGUGAUUUAAUUCGUGCCGGGGCAGGGCACAAGAGUUUCAUGCCAAAUGAUGAGCAGUCUCUUAUUCAAAAUAUAUUGCUGCACCUUUCUCAGCCAAGAUCUGAAGACAAUCCUCCAGAUGGUACUCUUGCUGUUCCUCUUUUGAGACACCAGCGAAUUGCUUUAUCUUGGAUGGUCAAGAAGGAAACAACAGACCCAAGCUGUUCUGGUGGGAUUCUCGCAGAUGACCAGGGGCUUGGAAAAACUAUAUCAACUAUUGCUCUUAUACUCAAAGAAAGGUCUCCAUCUCCCACGGUUUCUAAACCAUCUGUACGUGCGAAGGGCAGGGCAGCUGGUGGCACCCUUAUUGUAUGCCCAACAAGUGUCCUUCGCCAAUGGUCUGAGGAAUUGCGCCACAAGGUUGAUAACAAAGCUAAUCUUUCUGUGCUAGUAUACCAUGGUUGCAAUAGAACAAAGGAUCCUUUCGAACUAGCAAACUAUGAUGUUGUGCUUACAACAUAUUCAGUUGUAAGCAUGGAAGUUCCUAAAAGACCUCUUGGUGAUGAUGAGGGGAAAGAUGGUCACCCUCUUGGUCGGGUUUCUUGGUUCAGAGUUGUGUUAGAUGAGGCUCAAAACAUCAAGAAUUACAAAACUCGAGUAGCAAAAGCUUGUUGUGGUCUCCGUGCUGAGCGCCGGUGGUGCUUGUCCGGCACACCCAUCCAGAAUGCAAUUGAUGACCUUUAUAGCUACUUCAGAUUUCUUAGAUUUGAGCCAUAUUCUUCAUAUAAAAAUUUUCAUUCUUCGCUUAAAGUCCCUAUUCAAAUAUGGCCAAAACAUGGGUACAUGCUACUUCAAGCGGUGCUUAGGACUGUAAUGCUACGCCGAACUAAAGGAUCAUUUAUUGAUGGAGAACCAGUUAUAACUCUUCCGCCUAAGAGAGUAGAGUUGAAAAAGGUCAAAUUUACACGGCAGGAGCGGGAAUUUUAUCGCAGAAUUGAAGAUAGACAUAUGCAUCUGCUAGAGCUAACUUCAACUGAACACUUAUACAAUUCUUCAAAAAUCAAGGCUGCUCUCGAGGUUCUACAGUCUUUGUCUAAAUCACGAGAUGCUAACUCCCCAAAAUGUAAAGAUGAACAUGGUAGCUGUAAUCACGCAACAAAGAUAGCCGGAGAGAAAGCGCUUGUGUUCUCACAGUGGACAAGAAUGUUGGAUUUGCUUGAGGAUCGCCUGAAAAGGCUGUCCAUCCAGUACAGGAGACUGGAUGGAACUAUGUCCAUUGUUGCUAGAGACAGAGCUGUAAAAGAUUUCAACACAAUUCCUGAGGUGUCUGUAUUGAUUAUGUCUCUGAAAGCAGCUAGUCUCGGACUGAACUUGGUUGUGGCCUGCCAUGUCAUCCUUUUGGACCCGUGGUGGAACCCAGCAACUGAAGAUCAAGCCAUUGACAGAGCACAUAGGAUUGGGCAGCGCCGUCCUGUCACUGUUUUGCGCUUGACUGUAGAGGAUACUGUUGAAGACCGCAUUCUGGCUAUUCAGAAAAAGAAGAGGGAACUGGUGGCUUCUGCAUUUGGAGAGGACAAUGAUGGCAGUCAACAGACUCGUCUAACUGAGGAGGACUUGAAAUAUUUAUUCCGCUACAAAGCUUGAGACUCUGACAUUGGGACUUUUCUUACCAGUCACCAUUCCAUUCCUAAUUGCCAAUAUUUAGUAAUAUUGAUGAUGAUGAGGGCUUACAAAAACAAGCUUGCUUGCCACAAGAGGAUGAUAAGAACAUCAUGUGAUGAAACAAAAUUUGAUACAAAAU